UUCGCCCCUGGAGGACUGGUACCUGGAUGUACCAACUCGCCGGUACGCUCACUGCCUGUCCUCCAGCAAUGGAUGGCGAUGACCCGGCUUCACGUCAGCUGCAUCUUACCCCAUGGAGGAAACCCAAAGGAGGGUCCAGAGAAGGGCCUCAAAGAUCACGAAGGAGUAUCGACGAAGGAGCCCAGAUGGAGUCGCGGACAGGCUGGACAACACACCCACCGGAGCUCCAGCAAAUCGCGAGACGCGCGCUGGUGUUCCAUGUCAAGUCGUAGAAACUCAGCCACGACGCCGUCCUCCAAGGAUCAUUACGACCAGGAUCCUCGCGAACUGAUGAGGAUCCCCCAGUUGAUGAUCAGCCGGUAAAAUCUGACGUUUCUUGGAAAGUUGGAAUCUGCGCGGGCCAAUUCAGCUAGUGCUGACCGAUUGGGCUGUUGCCUCGACCGAAAGGUUUAAAAUGAAGGUCUGACAUCCACCAGAUUUCUCCGUUGCUUCUAUGUCCAUUUUGUCUUUGUGUAAAUAAUAGCCCUUCAUCCCCCAUCUUGCCCAGUCUUCCAACCUUCCAACACAUAUUUAAUCUUCCUCAUACCAACCUUCACCCAAUACCUCAUAAUCAACCCAUAAUCAACCCACCCUAAACCGCCAACAUGAAGUUCAUGAUUGCCACCGUUGCUGCCUUUGCGGCCACCGCUGCUGCUCUCAAGCUCACCGAGCCCGAGAUGAACGCCAAGUGGGAUCUGUCCCAGACCAACACCAUCAAGUGGGACCACGUCGACUCCGACCCCGAGACCUUCCAGCUUGUCCUCGUCAACCACCAAACCGGCGGCGAGGUAGACAUGACCAUUGCGGACAAGGUCAAGACAUCGGACGGCGAGUACAAGCUCACCAACUUCGUCGCCGCCCCUGGCUCCACCUACAGCAUCAAGGCUUUCGGCACUGAGAAGACCAACAGCGGUCAGCUUGCUGAGUCUCAGACGUUCAGUGUCACCAAGUCUGGAGUUUCCACAACCACUACUGCCACCAGCACCGUCAAGCCCACUUCCUCAGGCACCCCUGCCACUUCUUCCGGCGCCACCCCCAGCCAAACCUCCAACGCUGCCACCGCCCUUGGCGUCACCUUUGGCGUUGCUGGUCCUCUUGCCGCCGUCUUCGCCAUGCUUUUUUAAAAGUUUGACAAGGCCUGAGAGUGAUGGACACCAUACUGCACUACUGCAUGCAUCGAUAUAUAAAUAAGCGCGCUGUUUAGGAUUUUGAUACCACGCAUGACGACAGGGGGAAUGGGACAUAAUACCGUACGAGUACGUAACGACAAUUGGGAAAAGACACUGAAGGUUUAAUGGACAUUAAAUACCCAUAAUUGACCACGACUUUGACCAAGUUGAUGCAUGGGAUUAAAAUCGGGAGGGCGGCGAAGUAUAUUUACUUUGUAAGGUGAAAUCGAUGUGGUUGAAAUUAGAUUGUUGCCGCCGCCAUGAAACUUCGUCCUACAAUCUUCACGCUACAAUGUAGCAACAUUGCAGCCAGAAACUCGACGGAAAGCCCGCAGCUUACGCCUGAAUUCAAGUAUUACGAACACGAUGCAACACCACACACCGUCAGGACUCUUCGCAGAAUGCUUCGCCGCACGUCUUGAGGUGACUGUUGAGUCUAAUAAGCUUUUCCUUUGCUUUCACGCUGAGUGCCGUACAAGCAUUUCGUUCACGAUGUAGCGAGAAACUCUUCAGCUCACAACUAUUCAUUCUAUACCAGUUAUCCAAUAUCGUCAACUAUCACACACAAGACUUCCAUCGACCCCCUCUCAACCUCCCCCGUCCCCUCCAUUACAAGCCAAACCACUUCAAAUCCUCCUCAGGGUGCACCGGGACCGUGUGUCCCACUCCCUUGGCCGAGUAACCAACCAACUUGCUUCCAUCUCCAUACACAAUCUUGGUGUACCCAGUGUCCGGCGCAUUGGCCUGAGUCUUGCUAAACGGAACAUCCAAGACCGUCGACCACUGCUUCAACUGCUCUUGCAAGUUCGGGUAGUUGACAAAGAAAUCCGCCUCACCAUGCCACGUCUGCACCUUGGGAUACGAGCCUUCGGUAUAUCCCUCGGGUUUGCCGUAGAUGCUCUUGAGGACGGCAGCCCACUCCUCUCCGGACUUGAUCUUCUUGCCCUGACCACAAGUCGGGUCCGAGUUCUGCGGACUGGCUCCCGGGGAACCGGCCAGACAGCCGGCAGGGAUUCCCGAGUAGCAUGACACGGCUGAGAAGAUGUCGGGGUAGGCGGCGGCCAUGACGUUGGACAUCAUGCAGCCGGAGGAGGAGCCGGUGACGAAGACCUUGGCAGGGUCGGCGUCAAACUCGGAGAUGGCCCAGCGCACCAUGCUGGCGAGCGAGGUGGUGUCGCCGCCGGCGUCGCGGGUUAGGGAUUUCUUGGAGGCCACGUCCCAGCAGUGGUUGUCGUGCGGGGUGGAGGGGUAGAGGACCACGAAGUUUUUGCGCUGGUCGGCGUGGGGGUUGUAGUUAGACAAGUAGGAGUAAAUAGGGCCGGUGCCGCCGCACAAGUGGAGCUGUUGCAAAGGUUAGUGUUCUGCAUCUUCACGAUGUUGGUGGUAAGGGAGGGGGCUUCUUACGGCUAGGAUGACAGCGGGCUUGGGGGCGAGGUUCUUGGGGACGUAGAUAUGGAGAUCCAAGCCGGUUGGGUUUACGCCAAAGUCGGUAACUGGCGUCAAAACGCCCGUGGGAAUCUGAACUGCCGGCGAACUGCUCGGGGCUUGACCACAGUCUGCGAGUACAGUGGUGCUUCCUAGGCCCAGGGCCAGGUACGUCAAGAGGGAAAUUCGGACCAUGGUAACGAGAGUGGACGGUGUUGGAUAACCGGGUUUGAUAAAGAGUGAAUAGAGGUGGGUUGUGAGUUGAUAGUGGUGUAGCACUUGCUGGAAAAAAUCAUGCUGAAGACGAGGUCGGAAGCACCUUCUUAAGCCAUUUCUUAGAACUAGUAAAC